AAUGAACCCUCCGGUCAUGAUGCAACCACAGGUGGUGAUUCUCCAGCCACAAAGAGGCCAGUGGCAAACGGAGUUGUGCGACUGUUGCAGCGACUGCGGAGUAUGUUUCUGUGGAAUGUUUUGCUUCCAGUGUUUGGGCUGCCAAGUGGCCGCAGACAUGAACGAAUGUUGCCUCUGUGGCACAAGCAUGGCAAUAAGGUCUGUCUACAGGACAAGAUACGGCAUCCCGGGAUCCCUCUGCGAUGACUUCUGCACUGUCCUGUGUUGCCCUCUUUGUGCCCUUUGCCAACUCAGGAGAGACAUCAAGAGAAGACGAGAACUGGGAAUCUUCUAGGAAGGUUGUUAGUUUUGCUUGCAGGGUUUAUGAUUGGAGAAACCCGUGUAGAAUCGCCAUAUGGAGUUAAUUGACCCACUUCUCCUAUUAUUCAGUGGCAAACUCCUUAA